AUGGCCGCAGACGAUUCGGGCGCGCCGUGGGAGGAGCUUCGGCGCGAGGCGCGGAAGCUGGAGGGCGACCUGGACGUGAAGCUGUCGUCGUACGCCAAGCUCUGCAGCAUGCUGUCGCAUAGCGGAUACGGCGGGGGGGGCGAGGGGGGCGAGGGGGGCAGCGAGGGGUCGGUGGUGGCGGUGGAGAAGGCAGUAGAGGCGCAGCUGCAGCGCCAGGCCGACACCAACAACCGCAUGGCGCGCUGCUGCUCUGCUCUGCUGCUGUUGCCUCGCAUUGUGCCUGCCUCCCUUCCUCUCACCGCCGCUCUGGCCCCUCCCGCCUUCCCUCUCCCCCGACCUUCCCCCUCAAAUCACAGGUUACGGCGAGGGGGGCGAGGGGGGCAGCGAGGGGUCGGUGGUGGCGGUGGAAAAAGCAAUAGAGGCGCAGCUGCAGCGGCUUGCAGACACCAACAACCGCAUGGCGCGCUGCUGCUCUGCUGCCGGUGGUGGUGUGGGUGGCGAGGGCACGGCUGCCACGGCAUCGCUGUCUCAGAAGGUGGCUCGGCAUCGCGACAUCUUACAGGAGUUCACGCAGGUGCGUGGGGGAUCCCUGGUGGUGCUAGUAGUGGUAGUGGCAGUGGUGGUACUGCCGGUGCUGGUGGUGCUGGUGGUGCUGCUGGUGGUGCUGCUGGUGGUGCUGCUGGUGCUGCUGCUGGUGCUGGUGCUGCUGCUGGUGCUGGUACUGCUGCUGGUGCUGGUGCUGGUGCUGGUGCUGGUGCUGCUGCUGGUGCUGGUGCUGGUGCUGGUGCUGGUGCUGCUGCUGCUGCUGGUGCUGCUGCUGGUGCUGCUGCUGUCCUUGAAGGUGGCUCAGCAUCGGGAUAUUCCGCAGGAGUUCACUCAGCGCACGAGGGGCAACCUGGCCAUGAUGAGGCAGCUCCGUCCCCCCUACACUCAGAGUUUCGGCGCACGAGGGGCAACCUGGCAAUGAUGAGGCAGCACGCGGAGCUGCUCUCCUCCUCCUCACGCGCAUCCACCACCGCUACUGCGGAUCUCCUUGUGCCGUCAGGUUCCAGCCAAAGUCAAUUGCUCGAGAGGCGGGCAAUCCACGGCAACAUAGCUCAGAUGGACGAGCUCAUCUCACACGCAGCGAGCACCAAGGCGGCUCUGGUGUCGCAGCGAUCGCUUUUCGCGAGCAUUCAGGGCCGCAUCAAGCUGCUAUCAGAUCGCUUCCCUCUGCUCAGAAGCGUGCUGG